UGGAAAUAGUUUCGGAAAAUGAAAAUUCUCCUUCGAGGCUCUGAAGAUUUUUUUUCCCCUCCUUUAUCUGAAACGCUAGCAAUUGAAGGGAUAACUGGGUGGCUCCCUUUGAAGUUCAGUGAGCGUUCGAUGUUUCAUUGACCGGAUUCCCUGCGGAUGCUGGCCGGCGAUUGGCUGCGUUUUCUUCUUCCUGUUUGAUGCUGGAAUAAGAUUUGAGGGUACUAAAAUGGCAUUUGCAGGAUUAAGAUGCUUUCGAACUCAACCUUUAUUGAUUUAUCCUGCUGCUUUGUUUUCUAGAAGGAAUAGAGUUUUGUAUUUCUCUGUGAAAGCCUCUCAAUCCCAAACAGCAACUCAAGAAAAGCAAAGGCCUACAGCGAUUUCGCCACAUUUCGAUAAAAAGGUUAUUGACAAAAUCUCUAAGGACUAUGAAGCUAUUAUUGGUAUUGAAACCCAUGUCCAGCUCUCCACUCUCACAAAGGCCUUCUGUAGCUGCCCUUACAAUUAUGGUUCUUCACCCAACACCAAUAUCUGCCCCAUUUGUAUGGGUCUUCCGGGUGCCUUGCCUGUUUUGAACUCGAAAGUGGUCGAUUUUGCUGUGAAGUUGGGUCUUGCACUAAACUGCAGUUUGUCUUUCAACUCAAAAUUUGAUAGGAAACAGUACUUUUACCCGGACCUCCCCAAGGGCUAUCAAAUAUCUCAGUUUGAUGUCCCGAUUGCGAGUGGCGGUUAUAUUGAUCUUGAUAUUCCUAUCGAGUUUGGUGGUGGGCAUAGGCGGUUUGGUAUCACCAGAGUUCACAUGGAAGAGGAUGCUGGGAAGCUGCUUCACUCUGAAAGUGGAAGCUACUCUCAGGUUGACUUGAACAGAGCAGGAGUGCCCUUACUUGAGAUUGUUUCUGAACCUGACAUGAGAACUGGGAUUGAAGCUGCAGAGUAUGCUGCAGAGAUACAAAGGUUGGUUCGGUAUUUGGGUGUAAGUAAUGGAAACAUGCAAGAAGGUUCGCUUCGGUGCGAUGUUAAUGUCUCCAUUCGACCUAUAGGGCAGUCUCAGUUUGGAACAAAGGUUGAGAUAAAGAACUUGAACUCAUUUUCAUCAGUGAGCAGAGCAAUUGAUUUUGAAAUUUCAAGACAAGUACUUCUCCAUAGUCAAGGCCAAAGUGAUCAAAUUGUACAGGAAACCAGACUCUGGGAAGAAGGCGCUCAGAAAACAAUUACAAUGAGGAAAAAGGAAGGACUUUCUGAUUAUCGAUAUUUUCCAGAGCCUGAUCUUCCAGAAGUCAUCCUCACAAAAGAAUACGUUGAUAAUAUUCGUCAUUCUUUGCCCGAACUUCCAGAGAUGAAGCGUCGAAGAUAUGAGAAUAUGGGCCUGAGCAUGCAGGAUGUGCUUUUCCUCGCAAAUGACAUCAGUGUGGCCGAGUUUUUCGAUGCAACUAUAGCAAAGGGGGCCGAAGUGAAGCUGGCUGCCAAUUGGAUAAUGGGUGACAUUGCUGCAUACAUGAAAAAUGAGAAGUUAACUAUAAAUGACAUUAAACUCACUCCCCAAGAGCUUGCUGAACUGAUAGCUUCAAUAAAAGGUGGUACGAUUAGUGGAAAGAUCGGGAAAGAGAUUCUUUUCGAGUUGCUAGCUAAUGGCGGAACUGUAAAGGGGCUGAUCAAAGAAAAGGAUUUGGUUCAGAUUGCAGACCCUUCCGAAAUAGAAAGAAUGGUGGAAAAAGUGCUGGCAGAGAAUCCAAAGCAGCUAGAGCAGUAUCGCGGGGGCAAAACUAAGUUACAAGGCUUCUUUGCUGGCCAGGUAAUGAAAGCAUCCAAAGGUAAAGCAAAUCCAGGGAUUCUAAACAAGAUUCUCUUGGAGAAACUGAAUGCCAAAAGCUGAUGGUUUCUUUCAGUAGGAUCGAUGAUCAUGGAUGUCGAAACAAGGGCAGGUCGAGAAGACAGUGACUGUAAAAUAUUGAAGCGGAUUUUGGUCUAGUUCCUUCUUCGAGUUCUUUAGUGAGGAACUGGGAUAGGGAUAGCUACAUAUCUGCUUAAAUGAUUCUGAAUUUUUGUUGAAAUUGCUAGCUUUCAUUUUUUCGGUGACACCUUUUGCUAUUUUUUGUUUUAAUUCAACAUGUAGGGUGGGAAUUCGCUUCAACUUUCUGGUUGGGGAUAUAUGCCUUAACCAUAACCAUAGUUGUGUCAUUGACACACUCCCGCUAUUUAUUUCACCCAUCUCCUUAGUCUAAAUAAAGUAGAUAAGAGAAUAUAUUUAUAGAACAAAAUCAAUUGUGAUUCUAUAGUUUGAAUGUUGAUUCUCAAUCCCUUGGUUUGUAAAAUAUGUUGAAAUGAGCUCUUCAGUCA